AUGGUUAGUACCGUGAGAACUACUAUACGCCAGCCUAAAUGGAUUGGAACUAAUCUAUGGACAACAAUGACAGAAUACUGGGACACUGAAGAAGCACAACAAAGGAGCAAAACAUAUUCUGAUGCCCGUAUGUCUGACCGUAAUGGCCUCGGUCCUCAUGUCCACCUCUCAGGGCCAAAGUCGUAUCGACAGAUUCAAGACGAAAUGGAAGAGGAAUUGGGAAGAGAAGUACGUAUUGGUGAGGUUUUCAUCAAGGCACAUACAAAGCCUGAUGGGACAUAUGUUGAUCGGAAGGCAGAGAAGAUAGCAGAAACAUAUGAGAAGAAUGUGCAAGAGAGGUUGUCUCAGCUCGAGGAAGAUCCUUCUGCCAUCUCAGAUGGUUAUUCACGGCCCCGGGAGCUAACAACUGAAGAAUAUACAGAAAUCUUUCUUCAGUCCACUGAGAAGGAUUCAAGAGGAAAACCUUUUGGAGUUGGAAGCCUCCAUGACUGCAUUGUCAAUGGCAAGCAGAAGCAAGCACGAGACACUUCUACCUUUGUGGCUAUGCAAGAACGGUUGAAGGAAGCUCAACGAAAGAUAGAGGAGCAGGCUGCUCAUAUGUUGAGGCGUGAUGCAGAAAUUGCUCAACAAUCCGAAAUUAUUGCUGGGCAGAAGGAGAAGAUUGACGAGUUCGACUUGGUGGGGAAGUUUCUGCGGGAAUGUGAUCCACGGUUCAAGCAGUUCUUAACAACUCAUUCAGCUAAAGAGACAACCACGACAGAGCCUGUUCAACAAGAAGAUCCAUCUUCAACUCCAUAG